CAAGACUAAAUUUGUGAUUUAGUGUGUAUUUUAAACGUUGCGAAAAGACAAAUAUCUCCCUACCUCUCUCCCUCCCCACCAAUUUUUUUUGUCGCAAGUUUCUUUAGCAUUUGCAUGUUCUUCAUUUCUUCAACCAAGAAACCUUCUCCAUUUGACAAUCCCGGAUGCACCCAUUUCCCAGUUAUGAAUUCUGAUACUCCCCCUUCUCUUUCCAGCCCCAAUUCCUUCUCUUCCAUGGAAAAGAAAAGAAGGCUCACACCGGAUCAACUUCGGCUGCUCGAGACCAGCUUUGAUGUUCACAACAAGCUCGAACAUGACAGGAAGCUUCAAAUUGCAGAGGAGAUUGGCUUGCGGCCUCGCCAAGUUGCGGUUUGGUUCCAGAAUCGAAGGGCUCGAUCCAAGACCAAGAAAAUUGUGUUUGAUUAUGAUUCUUUGAAUUCUCAAUAUCAAAACCUCAAGAAUGAGUUUGACAGUCUUGUUAAGCUGAAUCAAGAACUGAAAACAGAGGUUGAUGAACUAAGAGAAAAAUGGGCUGCCAUUGAGAAGAUGAAGAACCCCUUUGAACCAGAUGAACUUGAAGCCAUGGAUUCAUCAGUUACAGAGCUACUUGGGGAAAGCUUCCUGCAAGAUGAAGAAGAUGAAUUAGGCUACUUGGGGAAGCUAGAAGAUGAACUUUCAGCUAAUGAAUUCAUGGAUUCGUUUGAUAUUUGUGCUUCUGGUCUUAUUGAUUUCAAGUAUGAUUCUCAGUGAACUGUUUGAUAAUAAAAGAUUGAAAGUGAUGAA